GUGACUUCAGAUAUGAUGGAGGAGAUUGUAUGGGAUACACAAGAGUUAGAUGAAAGUCAAUUGUGGAGUCAAAUAGACCACACAUUUGAGUCGCAGUCAGUGCUGGACCACUGCCUACUGGACUUUAUAGCCUCAGCAGGACCCUUGCCCCCUCAACCUCUACUGCCCCAACUGAGCCCUGACAUUUCAUUUCCCAUGGCAAACCUUGACAUAGAAGGGGACAUCUCAACUGAAGGAUGUAGUUGUCCAAGCGUCCCAGGCAAAGUGCUCAGACAGGCAGCAAACGUCCGGGAGAGGAGGCGAAUGCUUAGCAUUAAUUCUGCUUUUGAGGAGCUCAGAAACAGAGUCCCCACAUUUCCCUAUGAAAAGCGCCUUUCCAAGAUAGACACACUUCGUCUGGCUAUUGCCUACAUAGCAUUGUUAAGCGACAUCCUGACCUCAGGAAUUGAUCCGAAAUCUUAUGUCAAUGAAUUUGUGAGGAACGGAUCCAGUGGCGCAUACAGUGCUAUCUGGAACACAAGUGGUGAGUUACUUUGGCAUUAACCUUUUUUACUUCAGGAAGUCAAAAUCAUUAGAACACAUCCCUUCCACUCUCUAACUUUCUAUCUUGUUUAUUUGUUUUAGGUUUUUUUGUUGUCUUAUUCUAUAUUCAGGAUGCUGAAGUUGUCUUAUCCCCAUCAUGCACUCCUUACUUCAUUAUUACCUUUCGCAAUGAGUAA